CCUCGGUUGCCAACAUGGCGUGGACUGUUGUACACAGACAGCUGUAGAAAUUAAUUUAGCAAGAAAACGCUAACUUGUUUAUUGACUUUCUUAAUAAAACUUAGUUGUGGAAUACUUUUUGCCCGGUGGGGUAAUAAUACAAGAGUUUACCAUUUCCCGAUUUGAUUUGAUAUUGUAUGCGACGAAAUGAACGGGGAAGAAGUGACCGUAACCUUAGCGUUUCGUUAGCUGGGUCACUGCCCGUUUUAUCGAACAUUUCUCUCUGUUUUUGUCCGGGGGGUCAAAUCCUGAACUUGGUCGAAUGAAGACUGUGGGUGGUUUUGGUAAACUUGUCAAGCCUGUCAGUAGUUUCCUAGAAUGCAAGCUGUGAAGGACAACUUGUUCUACUCAACCAGCAGGAUAGGAGCUGACAGGGUGUUUGAAGAUGACCGGCAUGUUCUGGUGGAGGAACAGAAGUCAUGCAGGGCCCGAGCUCGCUGCUUCUCCCUGGAAACCAACCGACGAAGGAAGGUUCUGGAGGAGAGCAAGAAGCUCUGGGACGUCCAGGAACAGAGGCUGAGAGAAAACAUCCUACAACAACGUAAACAGACAGUCCAGGAUGCUACUGAACGCUUCCAGAGGGCACAUCUUCCCCCGUCACAGAGACGCCGACAAUCUUUCAGGAAGAGCACCUUUAAUAUCGAGGAGGCACUUAAUCACAUACAAGGCACCUUGACCUUAAGUUCCUAUACCGGACAAUCUUCCAGCCCCAACAGGAGCUGCACUUCAUCCCCUAAACCUCCCCCGACACCCAGCCCGUCGCUCCACCAGGGGGCCCUGUCUGACCUGGAGGCCUACAGCAAACUGAUGCAGGACAGAACCUUCAGCAGCUUCAAGAACAGGCUACUAUUCCUCAGCCAGCUGCAGGACACACAGCUAAGGGACAGGGACGAUCUGCAGGACACACAGCUGAGGGACAGGGACGAUCUGCAGGACACACAGCUGAGGGACAGGGACGAUCUGCAGGACACACAGCUGAGGGACAGGGACGAUCUGCAGGACACACAGCCGAGGGACAGGGACGAUCUGCAGGACACACAGCUGAGGGACAGGGACGAUCUGCAGGACACACAGCUGAGGGACAGGGAAUAUCUGCAGGACACACAGCUGAGGGACAGGGACGAUCUGCAGGACACACAGCCGAGGGAGAGGGACGAUCUGCAGGACACACAGCUGAGGGACAAGGAGAACUGUAGCAGUCCACAGCAUCAUAAUGUGACCCGAGUCACUGAGUCAGAGAGCUUGUCCAGUCUGGAUAGCUUGGAGAUGGAGGAUAUCUUAAAGCACAACAACACAAUACAGAGAGUCCACAGCUCUUGGUUAGAUCACCAGAAAAACCCCAAUGGUCCAUCCUCCGACUUGUCUUUUUGUCCACCAACAAAGAGUUUCCUAAGUGGUAACCUCCAACAGGUCAAAGGUGACGCUAGCCCUCAGCUCCCCAGAUCAAAGCAGACAGAGGAGUCUGUCGAAGAUUGUAACAGCAGAAUGCACCAGCUCUCGCAGGCCACUGGGUGGCAGAGUUGUACAGACCAAUCAUCAUCACAGAGUAACACUGUGUCCCAGUCCCCGUUCCUCAGUGUCAGUCACCCCAACCUGCUAACUCUGAGUGGGAUUAUAGAUACAUCCUCAAUACGUUUAGAUAACGGUGACCAACACUCUCAGGAAAGGGAAAGUCAUCCGAGUGGGGACCACAGAGUCUCAGGGGUCGUAGCGUUCUCUAAGGUUUCUACCCCAGACAUAACGCUGCUAGAGUGCACCUCUCGUCUGACCCCAGAGGGAAAGUUAGAAUUUAGGCAGCAGGUGAGAAACCAGGAGGACAAGUAUUCCAAACAACCGUCGGCUACACAGGUCCUUCUGCCUGGGAAAACUUGCAGCCACAAAGACUUUCUGUGUGAAGCCCCUUCCUCAAACCUUGAUCAUAUCCUCAGUUAUAACACUAAAAGUAGCUCAGGGGCCCGAGAAGACACCGCCAUCAUUCAGCCAACAAAAAGCACACAACAUCAGUCACACAGGAGCAAACCCAGUGUUGAAGAUGCCAUGAUCAACCUCAACAAAGGGUCCAACUCUGAGCCCAAAGCGGGGUCCAACUCUGAGCCCAAAGCGGGGUCCAACUCUGAGCCCAAAGCGGGGUCCAACUCUGAGCCCAAAGCAGGGUCCAACACUGAGCCCAAAGCAGGGUCCAACACUGAGCCCAAAGCCGGGAGGUCUAAGAACACAGACCCUCUCAGUCAGACGUUGGGUCAUUGUAAUAUCAGGUCUGACUUCCCUAAAGGCCUGAAGAGCCUGCAGGUGGAAAUAACACCAACACACCACCCAGAUACACCUCCAUCUCUUACACCUGUAGCUGCUGUCAGCACAGCCACAGAUCAUCAUAGAGGCACUGAAGUCCGACGUAUGAAGGGAAUUCUUAAAAAGCAAUCCAAAUACGGAGUGUCGGGAGGAAACGCUUGUUCUAGUAUGUAUAACACCAGGCAUUUAAUAUUCACAAAACAAUUCACCAUGUCCAUCAGAGAUAGUGUGGAACUGACCAGAAGGAAAGGCAAGGAUGCAGAGGGCAACAAGACGGUCAAAAAGAAGAUACGCUGGUUUGACGAGGUAAAUCUGGAGGAAGAGGAAGAGACGCGACGGAGUCCUAUAACAAACAACAAGUGUGUUUCUGAGUAUCCACUACCUCCACAUAAACACUCAGCAUCAUCAGACCACCAACAGGGUCAGGGCCAGACGGUGACCACCAACACCCCUCUGUCCUCCACCGGCUAUCACUUUACCAAGCAGGCCUGGGCAGAUGUCAGGGUCCAGGAGAGAGGCCAGGAGGCCAAGGAGACAAGAGUGGAAGCCAGGGAGGUCAAGGUCCAGAGGGGGAGCAGCGGGAGGACCGGGUGCCCCAGAGUCCCCAGGAGAGUGAGGUCUGCCAGGGCAGGGAUGGAUCCUGUUUCGUCCCGCUCCAGAAAAGGUACAGUCGUCAGACCCCUGUCUGCUACAGAGGCCAGCAGCCACGUGGCCCGGGUGACCCACGGGAAGGUCAUGGUGCCUCGUCCCCCGCCCCGCACUGAAACCAUGGAGCCUAACACACACACAAGAGAGACGGAUGCUGUAGUAUCAUACACCACCAAGACUCCUUACAACAUGGAUCACUUUAAUGACACCACCAAGACUCCUUACAACAUGGAUCACUUUAAUGACACCACCAAGACUCCUUACAACAUGGAUCACUUUAAUGACACCACCAAGACUCCUUACAAAAUGGAUCACUUUAAUGACACCACCAAGACUCCUUACAAAAUGGAUCACUUUAAUGACACCACCAAGACUCCUUACAACAUGGAUCACUUUAAUGACACCACCAAGACUCCUUACAAAAUGGAUCACUUUAAUGACACCACCAAGACUCCUUACAAAAUGGAUCACUUUAAUGACACCACCAAGACUCCUUACAACAUGGAUCAGUCUAACUCUGCUGCUACUGAAGCAGGGAUUCCUGUAGAUGAGGCUUUGUGUAAUAAUAACACCCUGGACAGCUUCGCCCCGCCCCAGACCCGAUCACAUGUCAUUAGGGCAGAUAGCGGUGUUAUUUCCAACCCAUCCAAGGCCACCCCUAUGUCAGGCCAGCAGAACACCCAGGGAGAGGCUGCCAGAUGGGGGCUGCUGUACCAUGAGAAAGGCCUCUGUCUGGACCGUACUCCCACAGACGAGGAGAUCUCCCAGCUCUGGCAUGGAGUCCGUAGUGCCUUAGCCACCAAGGACGGUGACCCUGUAACCGUCCUGCCUCAAGCACGUGCCAACCUGUCUCGCGUUACUAUCAACGGGGACAGCCUGAUCAACGGAGUUAAAGCCACAAUGGGAGACUUCUUCCUCUCCUCAACCAAUGCCAGGAGCGUGGUGAGGAGACAACCCCAGGAGAGCCGUGGUAGUGGGGCCAGGAGGAGAGGAACAACUGGCUCAGGGAACAGAAGGCUUGCUCUACCCUCCCAGUCUCAGGCCAUGGUGCUGAUAACACCAUUAUACAGCAAACAGGACCUGACACAUCAACAUGAAGAGUAUGCAGAAGCGGAGGCCCACAGUGAAGGCCUGCUGGCAGACAGUGAUAUAGUGGUUGCCAAGGAGACGGUGCCAUCCCAGAGGCUAGAGCCAGGUGGAGGUCACAACCAGCACCAAGGCCAAUCGAUCACUACCAUCCACAGCCAGGGGCACCAAGGGCACCACCAAGCCCAGGGGCACCCAGCCCAGGGGCACCAAGGGCACCACCAAGCCCAGGGGCACCAAGCCCAGGGGCACCAAGGGCACCACCAAGCCCAGGGGCACCAAGCCCAGGGGCACCAAGGGCACCACCAAGCCCAGGGGCACCAAGCCCAGGGGCACCAAGGGAACCACCAAGCCCAGGGGCACCAAGCCCAAGGGCAGGGCCAGGUCUCCACCAUCACCACCAUCUCCCUGGAGGAGCAGAAAGUGCUGCUGUCCCUGAAUCGACUCAACCAUCGGCUGCAAUAUGUGCAGGCAUUUGCUGGAGGCAACCCUGCCGCUAAAGCUUUCUCACGUGGUGAAGCGCCAUUUACGGAGGAAGGGACGGGUGCUGCCCACCGAAAGCACCGCACGGUCUCCACCAACAACCGCCCAAGAACCCAGAGGAGAUUCUGACACAACGGUCCAACAACGGUCCAACAACGUUCCAAUAUGGCCGCCUGAAUGUCACUUUGUCUGCUUGUGCGUUACUCCAACCUUAUACACUGCUGUAUUAACAAAAUGACUUUAUAAUAACCCUCCUCGAGUUUCCGCACCACCACUAACUCUCUCUGCUGGGACCCGGGGCUGGGAAUAAGUCUAUUAUCAAAAUUACAGUACUUAUAUUGACUUAUUUACAAAUUAUAGCUUCGGUCUUAUAUACAGUCAGGCUUUGCUAUUUGGUUUGGCCUUUAAUUGAUAGAGAUUAUUUUUGUAUGAAAUAAAUAUAUUUAUUUUCCCUGGAAAAUUGUGCGAUGUGUAUAUAAUGUAUUGUACACGAUGAUACCAAUACGAGUGUAUACUGAUGUGUGGCAGUGUUUUAAGCUAAUCUUGAUAAUGAUGAGGAAAAUAAAGUCACCCUGUCCUGAAAGUUUGUUUCGUUCUGUUU